UCUUGUAUGCAUAAAUAAAUAAUCUUUAAAAAAUAUUAGGUGGGGAAUCUGGCAGGAAAGUGAGCAAAGUCAGAAUUGGACAGAGCCUGAGACUGCAACUGGUCCAGUCCUGCCUGGGAGAGACCCUUCUGCUUCAUGGCCUGUCUGCAGCCCUGCUCCCCUGUAUGCCCCAAUCACAUACCACCCACUAGCUGGAUCCCGGGCACCAGAUAGGGGGGCUUUGGGGCUGUACCACUUUGUCUUGCCAACCUAGGAAUCCUGUCGCAGAUCCUCUCUUGGACCCACAUCUGGGUCCAAGGACCAAGGCUCUCUUAGUCCUGGAUGGGUGAGGAGUGAACACAGAGCAAGCACUUGCUUUAGAGCUUUAGAGGAGCUGGGCCACAGGUGCCCGGCUGCCCCUGAUGGACCCUCCUGAUUCCCAGAAGCAGCUGCCUGUGCCCUGUUGAAACUUCAUGGCCACAGCCCCAGCCCCUGCAGGCAUUGCCAUGGGCAGCGUGGGCAGCCUAUUGGAACGGCAGGACUUCUCUCCUGAAGAGCUUCGGGCUGCACUCGCAGGGUCCCGGGGCUCCCGCCAGCCUGAUGGGCUCCUCCGGAAGGGCUUGGGCCAGCGCGAACUCUUCAGCUACCUGCAUCUGCCCAAGAAGGACGGCAAGACCUCCAAGCGGGCCCCUCGGAAUGAGCCUGCUGACUAUGCCACCCUUUACUACCGGGAACAUCCUCGGGCUGGUGACUUCAGUAAGACAUCUCUGCCAGAAAGGGGUCGAUUCGACAAGUGCCGCAUUCGCCCAUCGGUGUUCAAGCCUGUGUCAGGCAACGGGAAAGGCUUCCUGUCUGUGCAGAGCCUGGCAGCCCACAAGGGCCAGAAGCUGUGGCGCAGUAACGGCAGUCUGCACACGCUGGCCUGCCACCCGCCCCUGAGCCCUGGGCCCCGGGCCAGCCAGGCUCAGGCCCGGGCCCAACUGUUGCACGCCCUCAGCCUGGAUGAGGGUGGCCCUGAGCCGGAGCCCAGCCUCUCUGACUCCUCCAGUGGGGGCAGCUUUGGCCGCAGUCCCAGCACCGGCCCCGGUCCGUUCAGCUCCUCCUUGGGCCACAUCAACCAUCUUGGGGGUUCCCUGGACCGGGCUUCGCGGAGCCCCAAGGAGGCUGGGCCCCUGGCUGUGCUGAGCUGCCUUCCGGAGCCCCCACCCCCCUACGAGUUCUCCUGCCCCACAGCCGAGGAGGUGGUAGCGGUGCUGCCCGAGACCUGUGAGGAGCUCAAGCGGGGUCUCGGGGAUGAGGAUGGCUCUAAUCCGUUCACACAGGUGCUAGAGGAGCGCCAGCGGUUAUGGCUGUCUGAGCUGAAGCGCCUCUAUGUGGAGCGGCUGCACGAGGUGGCCCAGAAGGCGGAGCGCAGUGAACGCAACCUCCAGCUACAGCUGUUCAUGGCCCAGCAGGAGCAGCGACGGCUGCGCAAGGAGCUGCGAGCACAGCAGGGCCUGGCUCCUGAGACGCGGCCCCCAGGUACCCUCCCAGAGGCUGACGCCAGCGCUCGACCAGAGGAGGAAGCCCGGUGGGAGGUGUGCCAGAAGACAGCGGAGAUUAGCCUGCUGAAGCAACAGCUGCGGGAGGCCCAGGCCGAGCUGGCACAGAAGCUGGCUGAAAUUUUCAGCCUGAAGACACAACUUCGGACCAGCCGGGCACAAGCUCAGGCUCAGGAUGCGGAGCUGGUCCGGCUGCGCGACGCUGUGCGAAGCCUGCAAGAGCAGGCCCCUCGGGAGGAAGCCCCAGGUAGCUGUGAGACUGAUGACUGCAAGAGCCGGGGACUGUUGGGGGAGGCUGGCGGCAGCGAGGCCGCAGAAGGCUCUGAGCAGCUGCGAGCAGAGCUGCUGCAGGAGCGGCUCCGGGGGCAGGAGCGGGCGCUGCGCUUCGAACAGGAGCGGCGGACGUGGCAGGAGGAGAAGGAGCGGGUGCUGCGCUACCAGCGGGAGAUCCAGGGGAGCUACAUGGACAUGUAUCGCCGCAACCAGGCGCUGGAGCAAGAGCUGCGGGCACUGAGGGAGCCCCCCACACCUUGGAGUCCUCGACUUGAGUCCUCUAAGAUCUGAGGCCAGCGGAGCAAGCUGCUAGCAGAAGCACUGUCAGAAGAUGGCGUGGACAAGCCCGCUCCGAGUCGGUUGGCACCUUUCUUAGUUGGCCAAGGGGCAGGAUCUGUGAGGCCAGCCAGGGAUGGGGAAGCCCGCCGGGAGGAGGGAUCAGCGGGGCUGUGGGCUGGAAAGGGUGCCGGCAGCAGGAGCCAGGGCAAGGCCCUCCUGACAGAGGAGCACCUAGGCAGGGCCCCGCCCUGCUCCCUGGAGUAGGUGUGGCCCAAGGAAAGCGGCUGGGGAAUGAAGAACCCUGAGAUGCAGAGGCAGAAGUGAGGGAGGCUGGGAUGGGAACAUUGGCCUCCCUGGAAUAAAACCAUGUUUUGUAUGAGGAGGGCCCUGGUAAUCCAUUGGACUCGUUCCCACUUGAGUCUGAAGAUACUGACUGCUAGAGAUCAAGGGCUACCUGGGCUGGAGCUCUUCAUGGCCACCAGCGGCAGCAGGGCGUGCCCAUUGCCCGUGUGUGCAGCUGCUGGGCAUGUGUGUUGGGGAGGAAUCCUUGCACCAGCAUCACAGUUUUGUAGCUGCCGUGUGGGCUGAAAUUCCUUUCUUGAGCAUCAGUGGGAUUUUUCAGAAGGAACAAUGCCAGGGAACCUAGAAUAACAAAAGGGCAAGUCAACCAAGGCCUUGCUAGAACAUGAAGCAGUGUCUUGGUGGGAAGUCUAGGCUCCGGCUGCCCAGGCCCCUGCUGCAUUUGGUGUUGGCCUAAGACAGCCUCUGCUGGAGUACGCACAGCUUCAGGAGGGUCUGCUUCUCUCUGGAUGUGCCUCCCAUCCUUCUGUCUGCGGUGCACCCCUCCCUCCACAGCCAUGGGGGAGCUGUGGGAAGGCACCGGAGACAAGGCAGAGAAAGCUUGUGGGACACUUUAUACCCCAGCGAGGACUGGAACAUGGCCCAGAAGGCAUGGAGGGCCAUGUAUUUAUAUUCUGGAAAGCUCUGUUCCAGGAGGAAGCAGCCCCCAUUAGCUGAAAAUCAGUGUCCUUCCAGGCGCAUUGUUUUAAUUGCCACUGAACGAGGAGGGAGUGGAGGGAGGGCCCACCCUCAGGGCUUGGGCACAGGUUGAGCUUCUGUGCUUCCUGUCCCAGAUUAGCCAGCAUGCAGAUGUCUCCCCUCCCAGACUCUGCCCUGCUGAGUCAGUGGCUUAUUCCUAGUUCUUUGCAAAGACCCCCAAAUUGCUCAUUUAGGAGGUGCUCCCUUCUCCUCUGGUCAUACCUGGAAGCUCCCACAGGCCCCAGCAGGCAGGUUCCAGUGUCCUGUGGGAGUACAGGUCUACCAAAGAGGAUGGGGGCCAUGGGAUGUGAGUUGGGGUGCCCUGCCUUUUUAGGGUGUGUGAGCUCUUGGCUCUGAGGAUGUUGUGUUUAUGGCCUUGUGAGUGGCAGGUGUGUAGAGAUGUGCUGUGGGGUGGUGGGUGUGUCCAGGGGGGUGUGUUUAGGACUCCUGAUUUGGAGCCCGGAGGAUUGCUUCUUGGCCCCUCCCUCUGCCUGUUCCUUCCUGCCAACCCCAAUCUCUUUCCCUGUGUCCAAAUUUAGGCCAGAACGGACCCCUGAGCCUAACUGAGACCCAUCUAGGCCCACCCUGAGCUCAGGUGCUCUGCCUGGGGUCAGAAAUGGGUAGCCCAUUUCUUAGACCAAAGUCUGAGCCAGUGGCCCUUCCACAACCCGCCAACCAAAGCCAGUGCACUCCCCAAGUCCUGGUGCUGGUCAGGCCAGGUGUCCCACAGUGACCAGGGUCCCCCUUUUGGUGCACCAGCCCUGCAGAACAGCUCUCCACCCAGCAAUUAGGGAGCUGGGCUGGCCAGUACAGCGAGCGGGGAGUGGGUGGGCGGUACCAAAACUUGGCAGCUGUGCCAGAAACCAAGGCCAGGCCCAGAUGCAGGGGGAGGGCACCAUAGAACUAAAGCUGGGAGUCUCAGAGGGAACCGGAUCCUUGUUAGUUCAUCCCUCCUGGGCAAACCAGUUCCUGGUCCCCAAGCCGGCUGGGUGGCUCUGGGACCAGCCGCUUGCAGGUGCCACUGUGUGGCUACUGCUUCAGGGCAGCCACUCCUUCCUGCUGCUGUUGGGCCCCUCAGUUUCCCAGCUACCCUCAGGCUCCUCCCCCAGCAGACUGGUACAGACAGCCAGUUUUCUCCAGAACUAAGGGAGGAUGCCCACUGCCCUACCCCCACCUCCAUACACACAGGGCUUCCUGCCCAGGUCCUUCCUGUUCUGAGUUAGUGUCGCACUUAAUGGUGCCCACUGACCCUUUGCAGCUCUCUGGACCCAGAUCCUGUGUGUGUGCUCACCGGCUCCUUGCCUGCUACUGUAAUUGUGGGCUCUGGCAUUGCCUCGCCAGGUCCAUAUCUUCUAUUUUCAUCACAAGAGCCCUGUCUGGCUGUAGGCCAGAAACACUGCAGGGCUAGGCUGGGGCUGGGGGUGGGGUAGGGCCAGCAGGCAAGAUGCCAACUCUGAGUGUUCAUCACUCCUGGCACCUGGCCUGCUAAGCCUCAGGAUUCUAGAACCCCUGCCAUUCACUACUGGGCCGUGUAUUGCUGCCUUCCUCAGGGCCAAGUAUGGUUUCAGGUGAGGAAGCUUAGGCGAUUAAGCCCCCUACCCUGGUGGCUCUUCCUAGAGGGUAGGGGAGAGAAACAUGGUAGUGACCAGGCCAGAAGCAUACAACCCACAUGGGGACAAUGGCAAGCCCUCCAUAGUGUUAGCAGAACAAGACAGUCAGGGAGCCUGUCUGGGGGCAUGAAUAAAUCUCUUGAGACUGAGGAUGCAAAUAUUAGGGAAGUCUUCUUCCAAGAGGGCACAGGCCCCCAUUCACAGUACUGACUAUCUAGUGCACAAUCCUAGGAGAGGGCCUUCACUCUGUCUUUUGGAUUUAGAAGAGAAAAAAGAAUGUGCUGUUUGUUGCAACAAAAACAAGAGAGAUGGCACAAGAGAGCGGAGGCAUGAAUGUGUGGGGGUUCAGAGGAGAGCUGGCUCCCAUAUUGCUCCAGGUGCAGGAGGUGGGUAGGAUAGCAAAGGUUGACCAAACUUGGUUAGGCACUUUUUGACUAGGCCUGGAUUUAUUCUGUGUACUCCUUUAUUUAGUCCAGCAAGAAUCCCCAGCCUCCAAAUCUGAUCACCUUCCACAUCUGAUCAGGUUCCUCACCAGCACCCCUGUAGAUGCGCAGUUAUUCUGACCUGUCUUCAGUGAGACUGGUCAGAAUCCCUGACUCCUGACUUCCUCUCAGUCAUUGUUUCCUGGCCUGACACUACCAUCACCACCCCGGCUUGGCUUUAUAAAUUCUACUUUUUGUAUUUGGAGUUGAGCUCACAUUCUUCUACACUGGAAACCCAUUGUGGUAGCCUCUCUUAAAUAAAGUCUUCCAUACCC